GGAAGUAAAUCAUGUUUAAAGGAAUGGGGAGAAUAUAAAAUAAAGUAAUUCAGAUUGAUUCUGUGCUUGGCUCCUAAUUGGUUUUCCUUUUUCCUGAAGCAGAUAAUGAGCAGCAGAGAGAGAACUAUGAGGAGCCACCUGCGACGUCAAUGGAAAUUGUGGAAACAGAAGAGUUUGGAAAUCAAAGGGAACUGAAAAGAAAAAGGGGAAACCAAAGGAAAAACGAAGAGAACAACUCUGCCUCUCAUGAUGCCAUACUUUCUGAACAUCUGACUUCACUCUCAGAUCAAGAAGAGUGUCCGGUCUGUGGGAGAAUAUGCAGAUGUAAAUCACAAUUGAACUCACACUUCAGCGUUUCCAUUGGGGAGACACCAUACGAAUGUAUGGAAUGUGGACUGAGCUUCAUUAAGAGUCGACAUCUCAGUUCCCAUCGGAGGACCCACACAGGCGAGAAACCAUACAAUUGCAUGGAGUGUGGGAAGAGCUUCAGUGACAGUGGAACUCUAUGUAAACAUAAAAGAAUCCACACAGGAGAAAGGCCAUAUAAAUGCAUGGAAUGUGGGAAGAGUUUUAAUCUUAGUGGAAGUCUACAUUCACAUCAAAGAACCCACACUGGGGAGAAGCCAUGCAAAUGCAUGGAAUGCGGGAAGAGCUUCAGUCAGAGUGGAAAUCUACACACACAUCAAAGAACCCACACAGGGGAGAAACCAUAUAAAUGCAUGAUAUGUGGGAAGAGCUUCAAUCAGAGUGGAAAUCUACACACACAUCAAAGAACCCACACAGGAGAAAAACCAUAUAAAUGCAUGGAGUGUGGGAAGAGCUUCAGUGAGAGUGGAAGUCUACAUACACAUCAAAGAACCCACACAAGAGAGAAACCAUAUCAGUGCAUGGAAUGUGAGAAGAGCUUCAGUAACAGUGGAAAUCUACGUUUACAUCAAAGAACCCACACAGGGGAGAAGCCAAACAAGUGCAUGGAAUGUGGGAAGAGCUUCAGUCAGAGUGGAAGUUUACGUUUGCAUCAAAGAACCCACACAGGAGAAAGACCAUAUAAAUGCAUGGAAUGUGGGAAGAGCUUCAGUAACAGUCAACAUCUCAGUUCCCAUCAGAGGAUCCACACAGGGGAGAAGCCAUACAAAUGCAUGGAGUGUGGGAAGAGCUUCAGUGACAGUGGAACUCUAUGUAAACAUCAAAGAAUCCAUACAGGAGAAAGACCAUAUAAAUGCAUGGAAUGUGGGAAGAGCUUCAGUCGGAGUGGACAACUACAUAUACAUCAAAGAACC